AUGGGGAACUUCACUGCCCUUCCGACAGACUCGGACCCAUUGCCAGAUUUUCCCGCCUUGAAGCAAACAUGCGAUAAACCCCUUGAUCACGGCGGCCUCACCAACGGCUCGUCACCCUCUUCUCCCAAACUCCAGUCAGAACUCACCGCCCUCCAACAACACGUCUUGUUCUGGGACCGCGACAACGACGGCAUCAUCCACCCCUGGGACGUCUAUAACGGCUUUCGCGAUCUGGGCUUCAGCGUCCUCUUCUCUCUCGGCUCGCUCCUCAUCCCCUUAUUUUUCUCGUACCCGACAACCCUGGCGCACCGCUGGCUUCCUGACCCUUGGUUCCGGAUCUACGUCGGGAGCAUCCACAAGGCCAAGCACGGCUCCGACACGGGCAUCUUCGAUGUCGAUGGCCAUUUUCACGCUGACAGAUUCGACGCCAUGUUCGACCGCUGGGAUACCUCGCGAUGCGGCGGGCUGAGUGCCGAGGAGAUGUGGGCCAUGUGGAAGAAGAAUCGCCUUGCAGCCGAUGUGGCCGGUUGGUGUUUCGGGUUCAUGGAAAUGUGGACGACCUGGCUGUUGCUCCAGAGAGAUGGGAAAGUGUGGAAGGAGGAUCUUCGAGGUUGUUACGACGGAACCUUGUUUUGGAGGAUCAGUGAAUUGGCCCAGAAGAGGGAAUGGAAGCAAGGCUAUGGCAUUGGAGAUUUCUUCGAGGGAAUGGUGGAUGCAGGGACGUGGAAGAAUUGGCAAGUCAAGAAGCAGCAGCACCCACAAAAUAGGCGCCGGUUGGUAUCAACUUGA